GAGAGAGAGAGAGAGAGAGAGAGAUGGAAACGGAAGCAUUUCCCAUUAGGUUUUACAGGGGCAUAAGGCUGUACUGGCGCAGGAGGAAGUACCAGAGGGUGGAUGGCACGGGCACCGGGAAGAAGGCUGUGAAGGUGACGAGAUUUGGGUCCGGUCGAGGAGGGAACCGCCGGUUCUGGCGGAUCCGGCCCAUCUUCAGGAUCCGGAUUAAGAUCCCGUCGCCGGUCCGGCUGCUGGUCCGGCUCAGGGACGCGUAUGUGGACGCCAUGCUGGGUUUGGCCGGGAAGGGGUCGGCCUUGGCGCUGCCCAAUGGACCGGAGGCGCUCUGGGACAAGCGGAUCCCCAAGAGCCGGCCGGUCCGACUCCAGGCGGGCAGCUACUUCGAGCAGAGGCUUAUACUUGAGAUCUACAAGUCCUUGGUGGCUUCUGGGGAGCUGACUGCCAUUUCAAGUUAGAAGAAGAAGAAGAAGAGGAAGAAGAAGAAGCAGCUGGAGAUCUCUCAAGUUCCUUAGUUGUGUUUCUUAUUAUAUUUUCUUUUAUAUUUCUGUUUUUUUUUUCCACCUUUUUCUUGUUUUUGUCCCCUUAGUGAUUUGGUAAUUAAUUAAGCCCGAAUAAGGCUGGGUGCAAAGCUAGAGGCGGACCAUCUUAAGGUGAUGAGGUCCCCUGCUGUGUAGGGAUAAAUGUAUAAAGUUUCCUUUUGGUAAUGCACACUUUUUGAAGUUUUUCUUCUC